GUUUACUGACCGGAAGUUGGUUUCACGUGACGAGGCAUCCUGUUCGAAGACGCCAUUCAUGUUGAUGUUUGCCUUGUGCUCCAUUUAACUGCUUUCGUUGUUUGUUGCUGCUUCUUGUUAUUUCGUUGCUGCUGUUACGUUUUGUUAUUGUUUCUUGUUAUUGUUUAGUUUGUUUUAGCAAACAUGAGUGAUUCCCAAGAAACGCUCUAUAAGUGUGAGGAAUGCAGUUCAGAGUUUAAAAUGCGAAAGAACCUCUACGUCCAUAUGAGGAAAGUUCAUGAACUUGAUAUCCAUGUGUCUAAAAAAGGAAAAGGCAGUGAAUUGUGUCCCCAGUGCGGAAUUGCAUUUAUGAGAUGCAGUUCAUUAAAACGUCAUCAAAUAACUGUGCAUGGCAUGAAGUCGGUGGAAAACAGUCGGAAAUGCCGCAUUAUUUGCCCACAGUGCUCUCUCUCGUUUCUCACCUAUGACACACUGAGAACACAUAUUCAAGAGAACCAUGACGUUAGUUUUGAGUGCCAGGAGAUAGAAUUUGGUUGUCUUGCAGACUUUGAAGAGUGGAAAAUUUCUUACGAAAAAGUAAACCAUGUUCGUUAUGUAAUGAAUUGUUCGGAGCAGGAGCGACUAGAAAAACGUGUUCGAUAUUACCACUGCCAUCGCUCUUUCAAUUUCAAUUCUAAAGGAACAGGUGCCAGGUGUGUCAAAAGUAUGGGCACGAAUAAAAUAGGCAGUACUUGUCCAUCCAACAUGCAAGUGACAAUAACAGAGGACAAAUGCUGCUUAAAAUUUUUUCCAAAACAUAUGGGACACACCCAAGAUGUUGGAAGAACAUUUCUGCAUGGGAACGAGAGGGCAGAGUUGGCAGGACGGCUGUCACAGGGUGUACCUGUUGGACGAGCCUUACAAGAUGUCCGAAGUGCACCAAUCGCUGCAAGUGUGGAGAGAAUCUAUCUCCUUGAGAAAAAAGAUUUGCAUAAUAUAAAAAGGGAUUUUGAUAUUGGUUAUGCAACGAAGAAGCAUGAAAAUGAUGCAGUGAGUGUGAAAUUGUGGGUUGAAGAAAUGAAGAGACAAAGUGACAACCCAGUACUGUAUUUCAAGCAGCAAAAACAAGUGGAUCCUAAUUUUCAAGAUGAAGACUUCAUUCUUAUUAUAAUGACAGACUUUCAGGCCGAACAACUUCUAAAGUAUGGAGAAGAUAAAAUAUGUGUGGAUGGCACUCAUGGCAUGACUGCAUACGAUUUUCAACUUUUUACUAUUGUCGUUGUUGAUAGAUAUGGUGCUGGAAUGCCAGUUGCAUUUUGUUUUUCAAAUAGGGGAGACAUGUGCUUACUGUCUUUUUAUUUCAAAUGUGUGAGAGAAAGGGUGGGCACUGUAAAGACCAAUGUGUUUAUGUCUGACGAUGCACCAGCAUUUUAUAAUGCAUGGUCAGCAGUAAUGGGACCUGUGCCAAACCAGUUGCUAUGUUCUUGGCAUAUACAACGGAACUGGUCUCAGAAUUUAAGGAGAAUUUCUGGGGGUAGUGAGAAAAAAAUCAGCAGUGUUUUGUUCACUAAAGCGACUUCAGACUGA